UGUAAAGUUUGCACGUAGACGUUCUCUCGGCGGGAGAGGCGAUAGCUUGUACCAUCUCACGGUAAUCUUGUUGAUGACGCGACCGUUGAGCGUACGUGCGUUGUGAUACGGGCUGCACAAGUUCCCGUUAGCGAUUGGCCAAGUGAAUUGAACAGCGUGUAGUGGAUUUCCCGGCAUUGGUGGACAUUUAUGGACGUUAUCGUAAAUAUCGCGUAACCGGUAGCGAAAGCGCUACUGCAAAAAUUCCGCUCUUGCGGACGGGUUUCUAAUCAAUUUGCAAUUUGUUUCUCUCGAAUCGAUAACGCGCAGGGAGUCGUCGUUGGCGAGCGUGUAUUUUCCCGAGAAUAUGUCACAUUUUCGCCGUUCCUCGUAAACAUUUGCAGUUACCAAGACUUACGAAGCCAACAAGAUGAGCAAGGUCUCGCGCUAUCCCUCGGACGGCAAGGUCUAUGUAGGAGAUUUAGGAAGCAGUGCUAGUAAACAGCAAUUGGAGGAUGCAUUUUCCUACUACGGCCCAUUGCGUAAUGUCUGGGUUGCCAGAAACCCUCCUGGAUUUGCCUUUGUCGAAUUUGAGGACCCCAGAGACGCGGAAGACGCCGUGAGGGGGCUGGACGGGCGCAUUUUGUGCGGAAGACGCGUUCGUGUCGAAUUGUCAAACGGAAAGAAAUUAAGAGACAGAGGCUUUUCCAGGCGAGGCAUUGGCAGACCUUUUCAUCCAGAGGAUAAGUGCUACGAAUGUGGCGAGAAGGGUCAUUAUGCUAGAGAUUGUCAUCGCCAUCGAGGUUCCCAUAGAAGGAGGUCCCGUUCGCGAUCAAAGUCCAAAUCGAGAUCAAGAUCGCGUUCACGAUCGCGAUCGCGCUCACGUUCCCGCUCAAGAUCCCGCAGUAAUCGCUCGCGCUCGCGCUCAUCACGGCGCAGCCCGUCCCGCAGCAGGAGCGUCGGCGUCAAGGAUAAGUAUCGCAAGAAACGGAAGUCCGUUUCCAAAGGUCGAAGCAAGUCGAAAUCUCGAUCGGGCUCCAGAUCUCGGAGCAGAUAAAUGUGGGGUUCACUGACGUUUAUCGGAUUCCUUUGACUCUUAAUUAAAAAGCUAUGACCCUUCAACAGUUGAAGCAAUCGCAUAUUGAUUUAUCAUUUAGCCAUAUAUAAAACUUGCCUGUUUUUGUAAACAUGGAUAGCAUAACAACUUCAUAUAAGUGAAGGAUUAUUAUUCUAUACGAAAGAAACCACGUACAUUGUUAAUUUCCCGGCUACUUUACCGGUGGUUUCUUCAAGUUCUCGUUUAUGUUCGCUCGUAUCUGAGUUGCUGUAAACUGAUGUUCAAUAAAAAAUGAUAGCUUCUUA